CACUGCCUUUCUAUUUGAUCCAAAUAUGACGUUUCACAUCGAAAUACACAGAGCAAAUUUGCUGCACAGGAAAGUGAAGAGAGAGAACUCCUUGCAGUCUCUAUCAAUGGCUGGAUCACUUCUAGAAUUGAUAGUUGAGUUUAUAGUUAGUCACCUCUCCCAGAAUUUUCACAGUGACCUUUACUGUAAAUGCCUGGGGAUUGUACACAGGCUCCUUUGUUAUCAAAAAAGGCACAAAGUCCGUCUGAGUUACAGCUGGAAGGAGUUGUGGAAUG